GGCAAGUUUCAGUUGAAUGGUAAUACUACGCCUGAAAGCAUCAGCCGAAAUUGGCUCUCCCAACUUACAUACAAAAAAAGAUAUUUGUUGUUUCAAAAAGAAUCACUCUCAGCUGAACCCUUUUGCUUUGUGAGAAUAUUCAUAAUUGGUUACAAUAUCCUGAAAGGACAAUACGGAAACAAGUUUAUAAAAUUUACAAAUUCACAUAUACAUACAUAUGUACAUACAAAUAAAGUGAAGUGAAAAGCAUACCUACAAAAAUCUAAUGCACAGAAUUGCAAGCAUUCCUUUUGUAUUUAUAAGAAUAUUAAGACAUUUAUUUAACUAAAAGUAAAAAAAAAAACAUUGUUUUAAGUGCAUUUAGAGUGUUUUAUUGUUUUUAUUUUAACAAAGUGAAAUAGACUUUUUUAGCAAAAAUGCCGGUGGAUAUAUGCAGUCGUCCUCAAUUUACACUAGAGCCUGAGUCCAGCUCGGUAGCCGCAUCGACCGCAGAUACCUCGUCACUACCACCCAGAGAGAAACCGCGCAGCAUGAACAAACUCUGUCGUCAAGUGUCAAUUGAAUCACCCGGUCCAGUGGUGAAGAAUUGUGUCUUCAAUUUUUUCGUACCCAUAGAGGACACACCACCACAGGGCGCUCGCAUCAAAAUCGUUUAUGCCGGUGCUUGUUAUCGUCGCCGUGAUCGCUCAGCCUCAAUCACCAGCAUGUCGUCAGUGUCGUCAGAUCUUAGUGACUAUUGCCCGACUUUGCCCACUCAGUCGUCACCUGCACAUCAGAUGCGCGAAAAUACAGCACAUCAAGGCAUACGCGAGGGUUCCAUUUAUGCCGGCUACGAAGUAGCCGGUGUUAUUGAAGCACUUGGCGCCGAAAUUACAGAUGCCAACAACUAUGGCCUACGUAUUGGCCAACGUGUAGUGGUCUAUCCAUUCGAUGAGGCACCUGCCGGUUAUGCUGAAUUGAUGGUAGUACCCGAUCUCAAGUACAUAGUACCAAUUCCUGAUAAUUUACCAUUGAGCGUUGCCGCUCUAUUGCCAACUGGUGCUUUGCUAGCGAUGAAUGCCGUCUUCAAGGCUUACGAAGUAGUCACAGAGUUGUCAAAGAAACGCCCAGCAGAAGAGGCGGAUAAGAAGUUCAAAGUGCUGAUUGUUGGCACUGGCGGCUUGGCAUUGUGGGCUGUACGCAUUGCUACACAUCACUUCGCAUCGACUGGGGCCAACAACUAUGUUGACAUUACUGUGGCCAGUCUGCGGGACGAAGGCUUCCGCUUGGCCACCGAGAUUGAGAAUGUCAGCGUAGUGCAGUGGAAUGAGUGUCUCUAUGAGCCACAACUGAUCGAACGCACCAAGGAUGUGUGCGGUGGCCCCGUGGAUGUCGUUAUUGAUUUCGGCACAACUUCACGCAGUUUACAUCGAUCGAUGCAUUGUCUGACUAAGGGUGGUGUCGUACUCAUAAGCGAAGAUGUCGCUGAGAAACUAAUGCCCAAAUUUUCGCGCCUGGCUACUGAAUACCAGCAGGAGAUUAUACCCAUAUCAAACGGCACAGUGGAGCAGCUGCACGAGCUCGUUCAAUUAGUUGCCAGCAAAACGAUCGAACCGAUACCGCAUUCGGUAUUCCCCUGCGAGCAAGCAACAGAAGUCGUGCAGAAAUUAUGUAAUUCCGAAAUACCCGGUCGUGCCAUAUUAAAGUUUCACGAUAUCGAAUAAAUCAUCUUCAAUCAGGAAUGCAUCGACUACAAGGAUGAAUGAGUUCAUCUUUCCUUCACAUCAUCCCCAGUCGCCCAGUUAAAUUCUGCUGUAUCACAGAUUAAUUAUUUAUUACUUAACUAACCAAAACAAUUUGUAUGUAUAUUUAGUCCGAAAAGUAUAAAGUUUUAGAUGUAAAAUCAGCAAAAAAUUUAUAUGCGAUAAAACUAGAGGAGAGUAUGCAUCAUUUUGGUCGUCCGCACAAAUACUUAUGAGAUCUUUGUGCAUUUAAAAUGUGGAAGAAAACCAAAAAAAGUAUGUAUUUAAAUGCACUGAAAUUAUGUUAUUAGUUGUUUUUGUUAGAAGAAAAACAAAACCAUUACUACUUUUAAUAUUAAAAUUUUUAAAUUACGCUUUGGACGACCGAUGCAGUACAUAUGUAUGUAUAUGUGCAUAUAGAUGUACAUAUGUAUGUACAUAUAUACAUAUGUUAACAUACGAUUAUAAUUAAUCAUCAACAGCAUUACAUACAGGGCUGCAAACCACUCCAAAAAUCGGUGCGGUUCGGUAUAGUGGCUCGAACCACUUACGAAAAAGCGUGUACCGGAACAAGAACCGGUUCACGAGUAUCCCUAACCGCGGUUCGGUUCGGUUCAAGUGGUUCAAUUUCUUUAUGCUAAAGUAUAUAAAUUUAACAAAAAUAUGACAAAUCCAUAAUAUAAAAAUUAAAGGGUGAGAUCAAAUUUAAAUAUCCACAUGUACUAUA